CGGGACGAGGCGGGGGAGUCUCUGGGCUCCCCCUUCGAUGUCCCGGUCACCAUCACCCCGGACAAGCUGCAGCUGGUCUGCAAUGCCCUCCUGCAGAAGGAGGAGCCAGUGCCUCUGGCCUUCUUUGUCCACGAUGCCGAGAUCGUGGCAUCACUGGAGAAGACCCUGGCAGGGCAGAGCGUGGAGACAGAGAAGGUCCUGGACACCUCCCCCCAGCCACAGGCGGUGUUCAGGGUGCGGGCAGUCACCCGCUGCACCAGCUCGCUCGAGGGGCACACUGAGGCCGUCAUCUCCGUGGCCUUCAGCCCCACGGGAAAGUACCUGGCGAGUGGCUCUGGAGACACCACUGUCCGCUUCUGGGACCUCAGCACGGAGACACCACAGUUCACAGCCAAAGGUCACCGGCACUGGGUGCUCAGCAUCGCCUGGUCGCCUGAUGGCAAGAAGCUGGCCUCGGGCUGCAAGAACAGCCAGAUAUUUGUGUGGGACCCAGCCACGGGCGGUCAGAUCGGGCGGGUGCUCGCUGGCCACUCCAAAUGGAUCACGUGUCUGUGCUGGGAACCACUCCACAUAAACCCGGAGUGCCGCUACCUGGCGAGUGCCUCCAAGGACGGCAGCAUCCGCAUCUGGGACACGCUGAUGGGCAGGUGUGACAAAAUCCUCACCAGCCACACGCAGUCGGUGACGUGCGUGAAGUGGGGGGGCGAUGGCUUGCUCUACUCCUCCUCCCAGGACAGGACCAUCAAAGUCUGGAGGAGCCAGGACGGCGUCCUCUGCCGCACCUUGCAGGGCCACGCUCACUGGGUGAACACCAUGGCCCUCAGCACGGACUACGUUCUCCGCACUGGUGCCUUUGAACCCGCUGAAGCCACCAUCAACCCACAGGAUGUGAGUGGCUCCUUGGCAGAACUGAAGAAAAGGGCACAGCAGAGGUAUGAUCAAGUCAGGGGUCAGGAACCAGAAAGGCUUGUCUCAGGGUCAGAUGAUUUCACACUGUUUCUUUGGAGACCAGCAGAAGACAAGAAGCCACUGGAGAGAAUGACAGGCCACCAGGCAUUGAUUAACCAAGUCCUCUUCUCGCCAGACACCCGGAUCAUAGCCAGCGCUUCCUUCGACAAGUCCAUAAAGCUCUGGGACGGGAGGACAGGAAAGUACCUGACGUCGCUGAGAGGGCACGUCUCGGCCGUGUACCAGAUCGCCUGGUCAGCCGACAGCCGCUUGCUGGUGAGCGGGAGCAGUGACAGCACACUGAAGGUCUGGGACACCAAGAUGAAGAAACUGGCUAUCGAUCUUCCUGGCCAUGCAGAUGAGGUAUAUGCAACGGACUGGAGCCCAGACGGACAGAGAGUAGCGAGUGGUGGCAAGGAUAAGUGUUUGCGGAUGUGA